UUAGGUCAGUAUGGUAAGAUAAGACUUCUGUCACAAACAGCUUUAUAUUCUAUUCAUGCUAUUCUCCCGUCCGAGAUGUUAAAAACGUUGUUCUAUCUCGCCAGUUUUGUCGCUUUAGCGACAUUUUCAAAGCUGGAUGAAGGUGACAUUGACAUUAAGAGUCUGGCAAAGCAAAUGAAAGCUCUGCAAAAUGAAGUCGAGGAUUUGAAAAAUAGGGUUCAGGUCUGCGAAAACAAUUCAGAAAAGCGAAGAUCAAAGAAGUUUUUGCUAUCAGACAACUUUGAAAAUGGUCCGGUAGCCUUUUCUUCAUAUGUGACUAACUACCAAAGCAACGUGGCUGAACACAAGACCAUCAGAUUUGAUGGCGCUGUCUUGAACGACGGAAAUGCAUACAACAACCACACUGGUAUUUUCACAUGCCCUGUCAGCGGUGUGUACCUGGUGUCGUUUUUCAUAGCUGAUCGAGACGUAAACCAGGUCCUAGUUCAGCUUAAUGUUGAUAAUACAAUUGUUUCUUCUGCCUGUGCCGAGACGAUACAAAAUCGUCAUAUAGACCAGGGCGGUAAUGUUGUGCUCGUUCGUCUGACAAAGGGGCAAAAUAUGUGGGUAGAGGUGAUCACUGGCAACGCCCAUAUUGAGAGUCAUGAUGCCUAUAGAUUCACGACAUUCUCUGCUGUGCUUUUGUAUGAGGUAUAAUAAUAAAAAAUGGAACAACAAGAAAAGAUUGAUAUAUUA